AUGGCAAGUUUCCCGGUGAUCAUCUUGGAGAAGCUUAAUGGUAAGGAGAGAGCAGCAAUCAUGGAGCAAAUCAAUGAUGCUUGUGAGAACUGGGGCUUCUUCGAGCUGCUGAACCAUGGGAUUCCCCAUGAUUUUCUGGAUAAUGUUGAGAGAUUAACAAAAGAGCAUUACAAGAAAUGCAUGGAGCAGAGGCUUAAGGAGCUGGUAGCAAGCAAGGCCCUGGAAGGUCUCCAGGCAGAGGUGACUGAUAUGGAUUGGGAAAGCACAUUCUACUUGCGCCAUCUUCCUGAAUCAAACAUGGCUGAUUUCCCAGAUCUCUCUGAUGAAUACAGGAAGGUGAUGAAAGAAUUUGCACUGAAAUUGGAGAAACUAGCAGAGGAGCUCCUGGACUUGUUGUGUGAGAACCUUGGACUAGAGAAGGGAUACCUGAAAAAGGCCUUCUAUGGGGCAAGAGGUCCAACCUUUGGCACCAAAGUUAGCAACUACCCACCAUGCCCAACACCAGAAAAAUUCAAGGGACUCAGAGCCCAUACAGAUGCCGGUGGCAUCAUCUUGCUCUUCCAAGACGCCAAAGUGAGCGGCCUCCAGCUUCUUAAAGACGGCGAGUGGAUCGAUGUUCCUCCCAUGCGCCACUCCAUUGUAAUCAGCCUUGGAGAUCAGAUCGAGGUGAUCACCAAUGGCAAAUACAAGAGUGUGGAGCACAGAAUGAUUGCCCAAACUGACGGAACUCGCAUGUCAAUCGCUUCAUUCUACGACCCUGGUAGUGAUGCUGUUAUCUACCCAGCACCAGCUCUGCUGGAGAAAGAAGCUGAGGGGAAGAAACAAGUGUACCCCACAUUUGUGUUUGAAGACUACAUGAAACUAUAUGCUGGACUGAAAUUCUAGCCCAAGGA